AUAGGGUACUCGAUAUACGACUAUCCGGGGAACCGAGUCGGCUUCGCAUUGAGUGUCAAUAACAAGGAUUCACCGGAUUCACCGUAGCUACGUUAAUGUUGUCGUUGUCGUUUUAGGAGUACCAUGCGUCGCAAUGGAUGAUACUGUCUUUGCGCGAAUGGGGUGGGCAUAUAUUCAGACUUAGAUAUCCCUUGCUCGAAGAGCAAGGCUCUCCCAGGUCGAAAAUGUUGGCCCCCCUUUGUACGCUUGUUGUAGCAUGUUUGUUUCGCGACAUGUGGUGUGGACUAGUCUCCGUUGCUGACCAAAAAGAGUUACUCUCGUUUGGUGUGGACAUGUGUGUGCAUGACGCACCGUCCCAAUCCACGGACCGCACGACGCGGCUCAGCCACAUUGACGGGCCUGCGCGCAGCGCGGCGGGUUUCGCUGUAACGGUGCGUCGUAUGUUUCGCUAUGGCACCGUACUUAGGCGCGUCGUAGGCCCUGCGGGAGGGAGGGGCACCACAUCGACAGACGGUGCCGCGCUCACGGUGCCUCCCAAAUUGAACUCGCUUGACCGGCCUUCGCGCGCGAGACAGCGCCGUCUGCGGCCCUUGUGUCUCUCUUUGGCAACGCAACAGCGGCGACACCAAUCUCGCAUCAGCUGUGCAACAUUGAGUUUCUAUUAGUGUCGCUACUGAUUAGUAGUCUUGUACAUGAGGGAAGAGAUCGUGGUCAAUUGAGCCGUGUUGGUAGUAUGUGUACAUUACAAGACGAGUGGGAUAGAGUGUGCUCACAGAAAUACAAAUGUCUCAUUGCACACCAUCGGGGGAUCAUGAACGCUCACCCGCACAUGCACAACACGAGCAAGGUUAGCACGCCAGCACUGGCGGCACUUCGAGU